CGAGGCACAACUGUGGCUAGGAGAGCCUCCAUGACCUAAACCUCCAGCCACCAGACGGUACGAGCCGAAAUAUCAAUAGCGUUUUCCUUCUAUGGCCCGAACUGAUAGGGCCAGCUUUGACAGAUCCAAAAUUGAUGGCCAGAGCCUUCGUGGCCCGGAUCUUCUUCAGCGAGCGCGUAGCUGUGUAAAUGGUGCACGACUAGAAGUUAACGGUGUCCCAGUUCGUAUUAAAGUUAGUGUUCUGUGUGGCUUAAGAAUAGAGGCGGGAACGCACAACGCAUGAGGUUAUGUAGGUUGCAAACAU